AUCCGAAGUGUACAGCCUGAAGAUACUGUACCUCUCAGGCACGCAGUGCUAUGGCCAGAUAAACCUGUAUCCUACGUCCUGCUGCCUGAGGACAGUGCUGGUUAUCAUCUGGGCGCAUUUCUGGACGAAGCAGAGCCUGCCACAGCAGUGAUCUCUCUCUUCAUUGAGUCUUUACCUCUGUCAGAACCCAUUCUCGGCCCGCGCACGGCACCCCGCACAGCACGUUUCCGCAAGUUCGCCUGCCAUCCUUCGCAUCAAGGUCGUGGCAUCGGAACUGCGCUACUUGUCAGCACAUAUCAAGCUGCGCGAGAUCUGGGCUGCGCCAAGCAGGGAAUGCAGCGCUUUGGAGACACUUUCUUUAAAGGCCCCAUUGAGUAUAUUAGGAUGAAAGCUGAGUUGUGA